ACCAUUAUUGUCCUAAACCGCGUGGUUGAGGCUACAUGUGGCCCUGACAUUGCCACUGUAGUGGGUAUUGAGCCGCGCUCCGAGACGUCGUUUAUCACGCUCGUUCGCACGAAUGGCGUUUGGCAGCUGAUCCACAAACUGCGUUGUCGUGUGUUGAUGGACCGUCAUGGAUUUUGGUACGCCGAGAACAUGGAGCAGUACCUGCGGCUCAAGGAGUACUGCGAGAGUGUGCGGCGGCUGCCGCAGCAGAUGCGCCACUUUCAGACGGACGGGCUGCCGUGCAUGCCGCUGGUGGUGGAGCUCUCGCGGAGUGUGAACGCGGCGUCCGUGACGUCCCCCCCGGCCCCGCCGCCAUUUGACGAGGUGGCGCCGAUCGCCACGAUGGAACGACACGCCCGUACCGGCACUGCGACGGGCAGCAAUGAGGACUCCGCCUCGCUACGCGCUGACAACGGCGGGGCGGCCAACACCGCCGGUGAUGUGCUUGCAAGCGGGAUGGGGCAGAACGUGCGUGAAUCGCUGUUGGGAGGGGCGGCACGGAGGGAGGCGGAGAUGUCUCCGAGCAUGGCACAAUAG